GCGACGGAGUCUGCUACUCCUACUCCUUUUUACCCGGGUGGCGAAAUAUUUGCGGGCACAGUGGCAGUAUACGUAGUGGAUAGGGUACUUCGGACCGAACGACAAAGGCUUCGAGAGUCGUAACCACUGGGUCAAAACCCAUUUUGUGUUUCGGUUGGGGGAAAUUUACGCGCACUCAGGUUUUGCUGAUAUGGUAGAUUAUCACGCCGCGAAUAACCAAGCCCAGUAUACCUCGGGCGGGCAGCAGAGCUACAUGGAGCAGGAAAACGACUGGGACCGAGACCUGCUUCUCGACCCUGCCUGGGAGAAGCAGCAGAGGAAGACGUUCACGGCGUGGUGCAACUCACACCUGCGCAAGGCGGGCACCCAGAUCGAGAACAUCGAGGAGGACUUCCGAGAUGGCCUCAAGCUCAUGCUCCUGCUCGAGGUCAUAUCGGGUGAGAGGUUACCUAAACCCGAAAGAGGUAAGAUGAGGGUGCACAAGAUCAACAAUGUGAACAAAGCACUCGACUUCAUCGCCAGCAAGGGUGUCAAACUGGUCUCCAUCGGAGCUGAAGAAAUUGUGGAUGGAAAUGCUAAAAUGACCCUGGGAAUGAUCUGGACCAUCAUCCUUCGCUUUGCUAUCCAGGACAUCUCAGUGGAGGAGACUUCUGCUAAAGAAGGCUUGUUGCUCUGGUGUCAGAGGAAGACUGCGCCCUACAAAAACGUCAAUGUGCAGAACUUCCACAUCAGCUGGAAGGAUGGCCUGGCCUUCAACGCUCUGAUCCACAGACACCGGCCUGAGCUGAUCGACUACGACAAACUGCGUAAGGAUGACCCAGUGACCAAUCUGAACAAUGCUUUUGAAGUAGCUGAGAAGUACCUGGACAUUCCCAAGAUGUUGGACGCAGAAGAUAUCGUGGGUACUCUCCGGCCGGACGAGAAGGCCAUAAUGACCUAUGUCUCCUGCUUCUAUCAUGCCUUCUCUGGCGCUCAGAAGGCGGAGACAGCAGCCAAUCGGAUCUGCAAGGUGCUUGCAGUCAAUCAGGAGAAUGAGCACCUGAUGGAGGACUAUGAGAAACUGGCCAGCGAUUUGCUGGAGUGGAUACGCAGGACGAUCCCCUGGCUGGAGAACCGCAUCCCAGAGAAGACCAUGGCUGAGAUGCAGCAGAAGCUGGAAGACUUCCGCGGCUAUCGCCGUGUACACAAGCCGCCCAAGGUGCAGGAGAAGUGCCAACUGGAGAUCAACUUCAACACGCUGCAGACAAAGCUGAGGCUCAGCAACAGGCCCGCCUUCAUGCCCUCCGAAGGACGCAUGGUUUCGGACAUCAAUGGGGCGUGGCAUAAUCUGGAGGGGGCAGAGAAAGGCUAUGAGGAGUGGCUACUUAAUGAGAUUCGCCGUCUGGAAAGACUUGAUCACCUUGCUGAAAAAUUCCGUCAGAAAGCCACAAUCCACGAGGGCUGGACCGAUGGUAAGGAAGCGAUGCUCACCCAGAAGGACUAUGAGACGACGAGCCUCUCUGAGACCAAAGCCUUGCUGAAAAAACACGAAGCCUUCGAGAGUGACCUGGCUGCUCACCAGGACCGUGUGGAGCAGAUAGCCGCCAUUGCCCAGGAGCUCAACGAGCUGGACUACUACGACUCACCAAAUGUGAAUGCUCGCUGCCAGAAGAUCUGUGAGCAGUGGGACACCCUGGGCGCCCUGACCCAGAGCCGCCGUGAGUCUCUGGAGAGGACAGAGAAACAGCUGGAGUCCAUCGAUGAGCUAUACCUCGAGUACGCGAAGAGGGCGGCACCAUUCAACAACUGGAUGGAGGGUGCCAUGGAAGACCUGCAGGACAUGUUCAUAGUGCACAACAUCGAGGAGAUUCAGGGUCUGAUCACGGCCCAUGAGCAGUUCAAGGCUACGCUCCCGGAAGCCAAUAAGGAGCGGGAGGCCAUCCAGGCCAUCCAGGCUGAGGUGCAGAAGAUCGCGCAGUACAACGGCAUCAAGCUGGCCGGCACCAACCCCUACACCACCAUCACCCCGAGCAGUAUCGACAGCAAGUGGGACAAGGUGCAGAAGCUGGUUCCCCAGCGGGACCAGGCCCUGCAGGAGGAGCUGAGCCGCCAACAGUCUAAUGAUCACCUCCGACGUCAGUUUGCCACCCAGGCCAACAUGGUCGGGCCCUGGAUCCAGAACAAGAUGGAGGAGAUUGGCCGGAUAUCCAUUGAGAUGAACGGGACCCUAGAAGAUCAGCUGACCCACCUGCGUCAGUAUGAGCAGAGCAUCAUCGAGUACAAACCCAACAUUGACCAGCUGGAGGGCAACCACCAGCUCAUCCAGGAGGCACUCAUCUUCGACAACAAAUACACAGCCUAUACCAUGGAGCACCUGCGUGUGGGCUGGGAGCAGCUCCUCACCACCAUUGCCCGCACCAUCAAUGAGAUCGAGAACCAGAUCCUGACGCGCGACGCCAAGGGCAUCAGUCAGGAGCAGCUGCACGAGUACCGCACCUCCUUCAACCACUUCGACAAGGAUCACAGCGGCACCUUAAUGGCCGAGGAGUUCAAGGCCUGUUUGAUCAGCCUUGGUUACGACGUGGAGAAUGACAAGCAGGGCGAUGCUGAGUUUGCUCGCAUCAUGGGCAUUGUUGACCCCAACAACAGCGGCGCUGUGACCUUCCAGGCCUUUAUCGACUUCAUGUCACGGGAAACAACAGACACGGACACCGCAGACCAAGUCAUUGCUUCUUUCAAGAUCCUGGCUGGAGACAAAAACUACAUCACGGCAGAGGAGCUAAGGCGGGAGCUGCCGCCAGAUCAGGCGGAGUACUGCAUUGCCCGCAUGGCUCCCUACUCUGGACCCGACACCGUGCCCGGCGCCCUCGACUACAUGUCCUUCUCCACCGCCCUCUAUGGGGAGAGUGACCUAUAAGGGCCACCUCCAGCCCUCUGCCUAGGAGAGUUGCUCUCUCCCAGCCUCUCUCCUGCAUAAUGUGCUGAUCUCCUAACAGACUGGAUAGGUGAGAGCGCCCCCAAUCCAGCUUGACCCUGGCCUGCUUUCACCCGUCCAGUCUGAACUGAGGGCAGCACUUAUGAUGGGAGGGAAAAAGGGUGGAGAUUUAAGUGUUGGAAACGGAACUUUAAAGCACAUCCGAGGGGCAGGGACAGGAAAUGUUUUUGUUUUUUUUUGGGGGGGGGGGGGGGGUGGUAUGUUCAUGUUGGUGGGGCUUUUACCUGAUGAAGCUUGCCACAACUGCAGGAGGGAGCAUCAGUAUAGGUGUUGGAGGCUGUCACUCAUGAUUGGUGGGUAUGGACUGUCAGGGUGGGGAGGGGAGGAGCUCAGUGUGGGAUAUUAGAUGGCUUGGCUCCGAUUCUUACAAGCUCACACGCUUGCUGACUUUCUCCCCUGUAAUCCUUGAAAAAACUAAUAAAUCAUUCAUUUAUAUUAGAUAUAAUUAGUUUGAGAUUUCUCACCAGCAGAAUCAUAGGAAGUGAAUGAAUGAUCUGCCCUUGAGCAAAUCAGGUCAGUAAUAAGUCAGAGUUGACAGUGAUUUAAGAUGCACAUUCAUCGUGGGAGGUGGUGCUUUAUAGAAUCUGGGUUUUUGCUUUGGUCCCAGACCCCAGUACCCAUGUACACUUCACCCUCCAAGCCAGGGACAAGGGCACAAGCUAUUCUAAUUUUACAUGCUGUUUUGAUUUUGUUAUUGUUAUGUAGGGGAGGGGAGGUUCAUGGGGAGGGCUGAGACUGUUUGUUAGAUUGAGAGGCUUUGCCUUGAUAGAAGAGGGUUGACGAGGGAAAGAUGUGAAGUCCAUCCUCUGGCUACAUAUUGCUGGAUGAGUGAAACUCUGUUGUCCAACCUCAGCUUUCCCCCUUUCUACUCUUAUAUAUAUUUUUUUGUUGUUCUUCUUCCAGCAAUUAUGAGUUGGUGGGUUUCUUGCUGUACAUACUUAUUUUUCCAGUACACAAAGCAGUUUAAUUUGCCCCAGCAAAGACACGGGGCUUCAGAGUUAUCAUAUAAGAGAAUACAGCAGUGGAAGAGCGGGGGGAAAAUAGGAGGUUCACUCGUGCACAGUGCUGUGGAUGGGUUUGCAAAAGCACACUUGCAGAAUUUAGUCCCGUCUUUGGGCUUGAUGUGUGGAACUGCAAAUACAGCACAAGGCCUAUCUACCGCUUAUAGUUAGAACUUAUUGCCUCCAAGACUGAACAAAAUUAUAUAUAAUGUGUGUGUUUUCCCAACAGAUCAAUGAAUAAAUAUUUGUAAUAGUUCGGCAUAGGCAAACAUGUCUAUGAUUUAAUUUUAAACUUCUUCGUAUUCCUAGGCAUGAACAGAUGACAGCGGGCAUUGCUGUACUAUACUGCUUUACCCUCACCUGUUUGGGUAAAAAAAUAAAUAAAUAAAAUUAUUGAUAGCAGAAACAAAUCUAUAACGUCCCUGACAGUGGCUCUCUCGCUCCCCUCGCGCGCUCUCCCUCUUCUCUCACACUCACGUGCGCGUGCUCUCUCUCUGACUGUGUGUGUCUGUCUCAUUUCUUUCUCAAUUGUUUCCUCUAGCUGGGAAGGGCAAGGAGCUGCAAAACCAAGGGUGGGUGUUGGGGUAGAGCAGUCUAAUAAUUAACCUUCCAUUAUGUCUUAAUUAAAAAGAAUUUACUGUCUAACGAUCUAUGCAAUCAUAUCCGACAUCAACCGUGCUUUGAAAAGAAUGGGUGAAUUAGAUUGUAAGUUAAAAUGUUCAGUAAAUAUUUGUUAAAUAAAGUGAAGGUUGGUAGAAAAAAAAAUCAGGAUUAGCAGGGGAUGGGUAAGUGGCAUGGAGUUAAGAUGAGCAGCAUGAAUUUAAGAACAGUUGAAGAGGCUUGGACCAAAAGCGUGCUCUUUAUUCUGCCAGGUUGAGAGAAGCAUUUGGAAUUGUGAUUUUGUUCUUUUUUGUACUCUUUAAUAUCAAACCUUAUCUGCUGUACUGGAAACUGCUUUCUGUCUCGAAAUGAAGUGAAUUUCACAUGCACACAUAAAGUUUCCUUAUAAAAUAC